GGGGGCUUCCUCCUGGGCCCCAGUGGAAGGCGGGGAUCCCCACUAGGCUGGCGCUACAGGGGAGUGGGGGGGAGGGAGGAGGUCCCAACAGAGCUGUCCCUUCGGAGAACAGGGAUCCCCGUGAGGAAUGGAGAUCGUAACUUACAGAGCCCCAUAGAGGAUUAGGGUCAUGACAGCUCCACAGACAAUUGGGGUCUUGACCCUCUGGGAUACGGGAAGAUGGGGUUCACAACUGGUCGGGCCCCACAGAGGGUGCUGGUCCCGAUCCAAAGGCUCCAAAGAGGACAUGGAUCCUAAUCGAGUCCCACCGGGACAGGGUCCUAACUGAUCCGUCCCGCCUGGGUGGGCUCCGCGCGGGAAGGACCCCCCCCCCCCCCCGCCAGGGACGGCUACCCUGUCCAACGCACACCACAGGGACCCCUGCACCCCGCCUCGCUGGGCUGAAUGGGGUCGCGAUGGCCCGAGGGACGGAGUAGCGGACACCCGACUAGGCUUCAAGGGACAGAACGGCCCCACCACCCGCCCCGGGGCCUGGGGCCGUCCCUCCUCUCCCGCGGGGGCCGGGUUGGAGGCGGCGCCUGGCGGGCGGGGGCGGGUCCAGCGGCGGGGGCGCAGUUGCCGGGCCGCGGGCUGCGGGACUUACUGGGCCGGGGGCUGGGGUGGGACCCGGCGGGCGCCAUGGAGCUGCUCUCGGCGCUGAGCCUAGGCGAGCUGGCGCUCAGCUUCUCGCGGGUGCCGCUCUUCCCGGUCUUCGACCUCAGCUACUUCAUCGUCUCCAUUCUCUACCUCAAGUAUGAGCCAGGAGCAGUCGAGCUGUCCCGGCGCCAUCCCUUGGCGUCCUGGCUGUGCGCCAUGCUGCACUGCUUUGGGAGUUACAUCUUGGCGGAUCUGCUCCUCGGGGAGCCCCUGAUCGACUACUUCAGCAACAAUUCCAGCGUCCUACUGGCCUCGGCCGUCUGGUACUUGAUUUUCUUCUGCCCCCUGGACCUCUUUUACAAGUGUGUCUGCUUCUUACCUGUGAAACUUAUAUUUGUGGCCAUGAAGGAGGUAGUCAGAGUCCGAAAGAUCGCCGUGGGCAUCCAUCACGCCCACCACCACUACCACCAUGGGUGGUUCGUCAUGAUUGCCACCGGCUGGGUCAAAGGCUCUGGUGUCGCCCUCAUGUCCAAAUUUGAGCAGCUGCUCCGAGGGGUCUGGAAGCCGGAGACCAAUGAGAUCCUGCACAUGUCCUUCCCCACAAAGGCCAGCCUGUAUGGAGCCAUACUCUUCACCCUGCAGCAGACCCGCUGGCUCCCCGUGUCCAAAGCCAGCCUUACCUUCAUCUUCACCGUGUUCAUGGUGUCCUGUAAGGUGUUCCUGACGGCCACUCACUCUCAUGGCUCCCCUUUUGAUGUUCUGGAGGGUUACAUCUGCCCUGUGCUGUUUGGGGCUGCCUGGGGGGAUGACCAUUACCACAACAACCAUGGUGGGUCCCACGGCGGGUCCCACGGCGGCGGCGGGCCCGGCUCCCCGCACUCAGCCCUGCCUGCUAAGUCCAAGGAGGAGCUGAGCGAGGGCUCCAGGAAGAAGAAAACCAAGAAGGCAGAUUAGUGGGUGGCCCAGAGGCCUUGUGGGGUGCCGGGGAGAAGAUCCAGACCCAGGACCCUCAGAGUUGGUGUGGGCGCCUCCUGGGCUCAGCUUUCCCCUCUCCGGGCCUUGACGUCCCAGUCUACAAACUGGGGCCAUCAGCCCACCCUCCAGGGCUGAUGGGGGCGGGGGGCGUUAAAUGAGAUAUGGGGCUGAGGGGCAUUUGUGGGAAUGGAGGGGUCCCUCUCUUUCUGCCAGGCCACCAUAGCUACCCAGCUUGAUUCGGCGGGGAGGCCCACAGAAUCCUGGCAGUGGCUCCAGCCGGAAACUCUAGCAGUAUAUUCUUGCUCCAUCAUUUCCUCUCUAAAACUACAUCUUGACCCCGAAAGAAUUUCAGGUCAGGGUGAGAGUCACGAAUUUGAUGGCCAUUUCCUAAGUACCCGCUGGGAGGCGGCUGCUAUGACCUUCCACGUCUCUUCUUGCCCACCCCUCCUGGAAGGCACCGGGCAAGUUGCCUCCUCCAAGCCGUCCGUUCCCCACCUGUACGGUGGGGACCCCCAGCCCUCCUCCUUAUGGAAGUGUUGGUGUGUGCCUGGAUGUGAACCAGCCUUAUAAACUCUUAAGCACCACGCAGUCAGGAGGGGAGGCCUUGACGGAUGUUCACCAUGCUUGAGAGCGGCUUUGCAUUUUAGAUGAUUUGUGUUUGUGGAUCGGAGAACCCCACAAGUUAUCUGGCACAAAGGGGGCCUUCGGUAGACACACCUAGGCCAGCCUGGAGAGCUUGGAGGGUGGGGGAGGCUCGUUCUGAUCUUUGGCUUCAGGCUGGUGCUAAACCAAAGAAAUGCAGUUGGCCGGGCAGGGGUCCCAAGAUCCAGCUCUGUGAAGGGGCUCCGAGCACCUGCUGUUGGGCCCUAGAAGCGUCAGGCCUCCCUCAUGCCUGCGUCCUCCACUGCUCAUUCAGCCAAUCAGAGGAGUCGGCUUGCUCUGUGCUGGGCAUCUUGCUGCCGCUGGGCGGGCCCGGGACAUGCUUCAGGGUGAGUGAGGGGAACGAUAGCUGAGCCCCCACCCCCUGCCCCCGGCCUCCUUCAUCUCAACCUGUGUUACCAGGACAUCCAAGCAGGGGUGGGUAGAUGAGGUGUGGCCAGUCUCAGGUGGGGUUUUGGCCCAGACUGGGCCCGCUUAGAGCUGUCCUCUGCACGUGGGUACUCAGCCUACAGCUGCGUCAAGAUCAGGGCGGGGUCAGCAGGGUCCCGGAUGUUGCCCGGCUGUUGGGAAAGUGCCUUGAUCCUGUGACACCUGGGAGGGAGCUGGGUGGGUCCUGAAGCUCCGAAUUCAUCCUCUUGCAUGUUUGUCAAGGCUCGGCAUGAAGGUUCAGCAAAUAAAUCGGUUGUGAAAGAACCCUUGUCUCUUGCCUUGUCUGAUUCAUUCCUGCUCUUUAGGCCUCAGGACACAGGGGGGUUCUGUAUCCUUAGAGACAUUCGGCGUUUCCAAGAAGAUGAGGCUCACGGCAGUCCCAAAUCGGGAUGGAGCCUGUGGGUGAAGUCUGGGGUUUGGAGUUCAAAUAUUUACUGUGUCACCAAUAGGUCACAGGGCCUCCCCCUCUCCAAGCCAGUUUGCCUUUUGGGGGCAAAGAGGGUGAUGAUUAUCACUGCCCUUUGUAGGCAGAUGGGAGGAUUAUUGGGUGAUUGGGGUUUGCAGCUCAGUCUGUACAGGACCUUGUUUUUUUGUUUUAUUUUUUUUUAACGUUUAUUUAUUAUUGAGAGACAGAGAGACACAGAGCAUGAGCAGGGGAGGGGCUGAGAGAUGGAGAGACACAGAAUCUGAAGCAGGCUCCAGGUUCCGAGCUGUCAGCACAGAACCCGAUGCGGGGCUCGAACUCACAAACCACGAGAUCAUGACCUGAGCCGAAGUCAGAUGCUUAACUGACUGAGCCACCCAGGCACCCCAUGUGCAGGACCUUGUUAAGAGCACAACUUGGGAAUCACACAUCUGAUAACGGGAUUAUAUCCAGAAUAUAUAAAGAAUUCUCAAAAGUCAAUAAAUAGCCUGAUGAAAAAUGAGCAAAGGAUUUGAAUGGACACUUUGACGUUGAGGAUAGACAGAUAGCACACACACACACACACACACACACACACACACACACACACAGAAAGCACAUGAAAAGAUGCUCAACAUCCUUAGCCAUCCAGGAAAUGUGUGGGAAGAUACCCAGUUCGCAUUCUCUAGGAUGGUUAAAUUAAAAACACUGCCCGGGGCGCCUGGGUGGCUCAGUUGGUUAAGCGUCAGACUUCGGCUCAGGUCUUGAUCUCGUGGCUUGUGAGUUCGAGCCCUACGUCAGGCUCUGUGCUGACAGCUCGAAGCCUGGAGGCUGCUUCGGAUUCUGUCUCUGUCUC